ACUAUUUGUUUCUGCUCAUUCGAUGACUUAAACCCCUACCCAAAGAAAUGGAGCUGGAGAAAAUUUCUCCUACUUUAUUUGUUUAACUUUAUAAAGUUAGCUAGUAUUAAUGUAGACCCGAAGAAAAAACAGGUCGUAGUACGUAUGGAAGAAGACUUUGAGAUGGAUCAACAGGAGAACGAAGUGAGGGAUCAAACCCAAGAGACAGAUACGGCUCCUCAAGAGAGUGUCAAGACAUUUGCCUGGAGGAACAUAGUUGCCUUUUGGUUCCUCGGGCUAUGCAACAACUUUGGCUAUGUGGUGAUGUUAAGUGCAGCUCACGACAUCCUCAAACAAGAAGAACAUCAGGGUAACUCUACUGUAGCCCAGAGUGGCUUCAACAAGUCCAACCAGUAUGACUGCAACCCUAUAUCAACAGGGGCCAUACUACUUGCCGACAUCUUACCUGCACUAAUAGUAAAGAUGACAGCUCCUUACUUCAUCCAGUCUAUACAUUACAGCAUAAAAGUAGCUGGUGUUGUGCUGUUUGGUGCUGCAAGUUUCCUAAUCGUGGCUUUCUCGCACACGGUGGAGAUCAGUGUUAUAGGUGUUGCCUGUGCCAGUAUAGCAUCAGGACUAGGAGAGCUGACAUUUCUAGGACUGACAUCCUUUUACCACAGGUCAUCUGUGUCUGCUUGGUCAUCAGGAACAGGUGGCGCAGGUGUGGGUGGGGCUCUCUCGUACGCCGGUCUUCUGCAGAUCGGAGUCUCAGCCAGGAACUCCCUUCUUAUCAUGCUCGUUGUGCCUUUCACUCUGUCUAUUAGCUUUUGGUUAAUUCUUGAGAAAAGAUGGGCCAAAGCUGUUAUCUCCAGUCCAGUGGCAGACAGAGCACCUUUGUUAUCUGAGUCUGAUGGCAGACCACCUCCAGCAAGACAGUCAGGUCCAAAUCUUUCUCUUGCACAAAAGUUUCAACUUGUAAAG